AUGGGCGCUCCUCACAUUCAAAGGCCAGGCGAUAUUGAUGAAUACCAAAGAUUGAAUGAUAUCCUCUCCUUGCUGUUCCCCUCUACAGUUCAAGUGCAACAGUCGCAGAAUAUCAAUGCUCGGGUUCAUACGCUACGGCUCCUCACCCUCUCAAAUGGAAGUCGACUCCUUCUCAAGGGCUCACCUCUUCCCGGAACCCCCCUCUUACGGCACGAGCGGUUUUUUCUUGAGACCGAGGCCCGUUUCCUUGUACUCCUAGGCCAAAGUGCCAACCCCUGCAUCCCGCAACUCUAUCAUUACGAUCCGCGAGGGGCUCUUCUUGGUUCUGCCUAUUUAAUACGACAAUAUAUCAGAGGAAGCAGUCUGACGGAAAUGAAAAAUCAUAUUACCACCCAGCAACGACACGAUAUCGACCGUCACCUAGGAUUCCUGGCUAGCACUAUCGGCCAAAUUGUGGCCCCCAGCUUUGGAUCUCUGCAACAAGUCGCUAUGAACGCUGGGAAACGCUCCUGGAGAGAGGCAUUCUGUGGUCUCUUUGAAAGUAUUCUCCGUGACGCCGAGGAUAUCUUCAUUCACCUUCCCUAUGCCGAAAUCCGUCAAGAAAUAUCCCGUCUAUCUAGUGCCCUUGGCGAGGUGACUAUGCCCCGUCUUGCGGUUGUUGGCUUUGGCCGACCAUGUCAUGUCUUGCUGGACGAACAAUCCCAUCAACUGUCUGGGGUGGUAGAUUUCAGCAGUGCUUUCUGGGGAGACGUGUUGAUGGCAGAGAUAUUUGAGGAUCCCACUCCUGCAGUUCUGGAAGGAGCAGGCCUACCAUUAUCCAGAACAAAGGGAGAGGAGAUCCGUUUGUUAAUGUAUUCAUGUUACCGACUGGUGUCACAAGUCACUUUACAAUAUUAUCGAGUUCGCGACGAAGCGACGGAGUUUGAUGCGCGUCGGAGACUGCUAGCCACCAUUACAGAAUUGGCGAAAAUGGCACCAAUUUAA